AUGGCAGGUCCCAGCGCACACAGUACGCCUGAGCCUGGCGCAAUGUCCGAGUGCUAUUUUCUCGACAGGUUGUCGCCCGAGAUUCGUUGCUCGAUCUACGAGUACGUCUUUGGUCCUACCAAGCACGUUCAACGACUGCCGGAAAGGCGAGAGGGACUCGACGAUGUCGGACCCCCCAUCUACGACCGCUACUGGAACCGGCAAGGUGAGAAUUCCCUCAUAUCUACUGGCAUUCUCGCCGUCAGCGAAUUCGUUCACGCAGAAGCGCUCGAUACACUCUACAAAUCCAAGGUCAUUCGCACUACUUUCGACGGCUUCAAUAGCCUCAUGUAUCUCGAAGGCCAUGGGGAUCUUGUGCGCAACGUGGAGAUCAAAGACUGCGACCGAUCUACCAACUGGCGAGGCGACCGUGAUGUCCUUAUCGAGGCGGUGCAGGAUGCGCAGUUUCUGCCUCAGCUGAAGACCUUCACCAUUAUGACCGAAUACCUGAGACCUCACUGGGAGGCCGUCGCAACACCUCGUCUGUUUGCUCGAGCAGUCGGAUUGGGAGAAGUCGUAUGCACCGGAAUUGGCAGAUACAGAGUGGCGGGUCGAUACAACAAGGUCACCUUUGCCAACACUCAGAUCUGCCAAUUAUGGCGCAAGGUGGUCGAUACUCCUGAAGACUACGAUGCGUACGCCGAAGUCAAGAGCAUCAUCGCAGAGUGGAACAUCGACGGAGACGAGGAAGAAAUCAUCGCCUGGGCAAGCCACAGCUCUUUUCGCCUGUGGAUUGCCCUGAUACAACGCUGCUUGAAUCGGAGAUUUCGCUUUGCAGCAGGAUUACCGUUCCAGGGAUCUGAGGAGCAAGGGAAGCUGCUCAGUACGUUUCAACGCUGCUCGGAGGCUGCCAUUGACCACGAGGUGAUGGAUCGCCUCACGGAACCCUUGUGUCACUUGGAGGAACAGAACAACCCGCUCCAUAUGGAGGGCUUCACGGAAUGGCUUGUCCGCGGUAUGGGAUACUUUCAGCGGUCCACUGCGGAUGCCGACGGAAGCCCUCGCGCGCCCGAGCAAAUUCGAUGGGCUGAACUCGGAAAUGGUUCAGAUGGAGCAGAAGUGGCACAAUGGCAGAAAGCUCAUGCGGAGUCUCAUUUUUCGAAUCCAAUUCUGGGGGGUGGGAGGUGGGACUGGGACUGGAAUAUUGACGAAUUGAGACGAACUUGGCAAAGGUCUGAUAAGAUUCCCGGCCUGUUCGGCGGGAGCGGCGAAGACAUCAUCGCAGACGUUACGGAGCAUGAUCUGCAGCGAGUCUUGCACCUCUGCCUCGCAGUACGCUGGGUUGAUCCGACGCCGUAUGAGAGCCCUAUGUGGGAAUCUGUCGAUGCAGCCAGCUCUGAUGUGCAGAUGUUGUGGUUGCUUCGCAAGUAUCUCACGUUCGCCGAGAUUCCCCAGGAGUCGGGCCUCCACACUGCUUCACUCCAGAUUCUACGCAACACAUUCGCAUUCGCGAUGAGUACUUUCUCAUCGCGAAACCAGUACAUAUAUCAAAUGCGGGAGGUCACAGGGCUUCAGAGUCGCCACCAGGGAUCCACUCAGGACGAUGAAGUGCUGCAUGGUAUACCUGCUCAUUCCGAAAUUGAGCAGGAUGCCGGCACGACGGGUAACGACACUGUGGAAGGCGAUGAGGAUGGAGAACCGAAGGAGGACGAAGAUGAUGGGUGGGAACGUGUAAUCUUCGUGCCUUUCGCUCGCGAGCUCCCGCAGUUGAUUCGGGAGGCGCAGGCCCUGUUCGAGAGUAUUGGUUGA